GUUACUAGAAAAUAUCAAGAAGGAAGAAACAACGAGGCAAGAAGAAAAACCGUGGACGAUCGGUCGUCGCCGGUGUCCUACUCCGACUGGUACCGAAGUAGGAAUCGGAGCUCGCAGUGUCCCCGCCGCGUCCUUCUAUAAGUAAACACGCCCUCCUCCCCACAACGACACGCCAAACCAAGCCUCUCGCCCCAAGUGACGCAACACAUGGCGACCUCCGGCCACGCCGCGGUCGACAUCGACGCCGCCGACGAGGCCACGCAGCCGCUCGCGCCUGUCCCGUACGUGCUCAACUUCACCGAUCUCUCGUACAGCGUCAAGAAGGGCGGUGGCCUGGGCUGCCUGUCGUCGCGGCCCAGCAACCGCCUGACGUCCGCGGACGCGCCGCCGUUCGAGUCCGGGAACACCAAGACGCUGCUCGACGGCAUCUCCGGCGAGGCGCGCGAGGGGGAGCUGUUCGCCGUCAUGGGCGCCAGCGGGUCGGGCAAGUCGACGCUGGUGGACGCGCUGGCGGGGCGGAUCGCGAGGGAGAGCCUCCGCGGGAGCGUCACGCUCAACGGGGAGCCGCUCCACGGGCGCCGGCUCCGCGCCAUCUCCGCCUACGUCAUGCAGGACGACCUGCUGUACCCGAUGCUCACCGUGCGCGAGACGUUGCUCUUCGCCGCCGAGUUCCGCCUCCCGCGCGCGCUCUCCCCCGACAAGAAGCGCGCGCGUGUGGACGCGCUCAUCGACCAGCUCGGCCUCUCCCGCGCCGCGGACACCAUCAUCGGCGACGAGGGCCACCGCGGGGUGUCCGGAGGCGAGCGCCGUCGCGUGUCGAUCGGGACGGACAUCAUCCAUGACCCGAUCUUGCUGUUCUUGGACGAGCCCACCUCCGGGCUGGACUCGGCGAGCGCCUUCAUGGUGGUGCAGGUGCUCCGCCGGAUCGCGCAGAGUGGCAGCGUCGUCAUCAUGACCAUCCACCAGCCCAGCGCGCGCAUCCUCGGCAUCCUCGACCGCCUCCUGCUCCUCUCGCGCGGCUGCACAGUCUACGCCGGUACGCCCGCCGGCCUCAAGCCCUUCUUCGCCGAGUUCGGCGCGCCCAUCCCUGACAACGAGAACCCCGCCGAGUUCGCGCUCGACACCAUCCGCGAGUUCGAGCGCCAGCAAGACGGCGCCGCCGCGCUCGCCGACUUCAACACGAAGUGGCAGCAGGCCUCAGCCGACAUGGACAACAAGCUCAUGUCGACGAUGCCCCUGGAGCACGCCAUCGCGGAGAGCGUGUCCAGGGGGAAGCUGGUUGCCGGGAGCGGGUCGGGGGGCGCGGUGAACGGCUCAGUACCGACGUUCGCGAACCCGCCGUGUACGGAGGUGUGGGUGCUGAUAAAGCGGUCUUUCACCAACACGGGGCGCAUGCCGGAGCUCUUCGUGAUGCGCCUCGGCACGAUCAUGGUGACGGGGUUCAUCCUGGCGACCAUAUUCUGGCGCCUCGACGACACGCCCAAGGGCGUCCAGGAGCGGCUGGGCUUCUUCGCCAUGGGAAUGUCCACCAUGUUCUACGUGUGCGCCGACGCGCUGCCGGUGUUCGUGCAGGAGCGCCACAUCUACCUGCGCGAGACGGCGCACAACGCCUACCGCCGCAUCUCCUACGUGCUCGCCAACGCCGUCGUCGCGUUCCCGCCGCUCGUGCUCCUGUCGCUCGCCUUCGUGGCCACCACCUUCUGGGCGGUGGGACUCGCCGGCGGCGGCGCCUCGUUCCUCUUCUUCGUGCUCAUCGUGCUGGCAUCCUUCUGGGCCGGCAGCGGCUUCGUCACCUUCCUCUCCGCCGUGGUGCCGCACGUCAUGCUGGGCUACACGGUGGUCGUCGCCAUCUUAGCGUACUUCCUCCUGUUCUCCGGCUUCUUCAUCAACCGCGACCGCAUCCCUCACUACUGGAUUUGGUUCCAUUACCUAUCCCUGGUCAAGUAUCCCUACCAGGCUGUGCUUCAGAACGAAUUCAGGGAUGCGUCGCGCUGCUUCUCUCGCGGAGUGGAGAUGUUCGACGGGACGCCCGUAGGCCGGAUGCCGGAGGCCGUCAAGGUGAAGGUGCUCAACGCCAUCAGCGCCACGCUGGGCAACAAUAUAACGGCCAACACCUGCGUCACCACCGGCGCCGACGUGCUGGCUCAGCAGGCUGUCACAGAUAUUGGAAAAUGGAAGUGCCUGCUCGUGACCGUAGCUUGGGGCUUCUUCUUCAGGGCCCUGUUCUACAUCGUCUUGCUCGUCGGCAACAAAAACAAGAGAACAUAGAUGGCACGCUGCCCAUCCUGGACAUGUUUAAGCUUACGUAUGAACUGGUUGUUGUAAAAAAAAAAAACUAUAAGUUUUGCGACUGUUUGUUUCAGCUGAGGGUUGUGAAAAGCAGCUUGUAGAUUGCGCAUUGUAAAAAGUUGUAUUGUACAAUACAACAUGCUUAUUUCGGCGUGAUGCUUAAUAACCAUGUUCGGUUGAGAACAUCCGUGUAAUACUUUAAACAGUAUUUUUCUUUUGGCAUGAUUUCUUCACUUC